AGUCUGAAAUUCUAUUUCUUUCAACGAUGGUGGUCGAUGAAGGCAGUGAAUUUCAGGCCGGAAGUAACUCAGCUUAUGAUCGGAGUAGUGAAUUGAAAGCCUUUGAUGAAACGAAAGCCGGUGUUAAGGGUCUGGUAGAUUCUGGGUUAACGACAAUUCCACGCAUUUUCAUUGAUCACCAACGAACUCUCGAUAAGAAAUCAGGAUCCACCGAUGCCCAUCUCAGUGUUCCGAUCAUAGACCUUCAAGGUGUCAAUGAAGACUCAACUCUGCGUGGGAAGGUAAUCGAGCUGGUUCGUGAUGCGUCGGCAAAAUGGGGCUUCUUUCAGGUGGUGAACCAUGGAGUUCCCAUCAGUGUUCUGGAUGAGAUGAUUGAUGGGGUUCGUCGAUUUCACGAGCAAGAUGUUGAGGUGAAGAAAGAGUUCUACACCCGUGAUAUCUCCAGCAGGAAGACGGUCUAUCUUAGCAAUUUUGAUUUGUACAAAUCACAAGCUGCUAAUUGGAGGGACACUCUGGCUCUUAUCAUGGCUCCAAAUCCACCUGCUGCUGAAGAAUUGCCUAGCAUCUGCAGAGAUAUAGCGAUGGAUUACUCCAAGAAAGUAACGACUUUGGGGCUUGCACUAUUUGAAUUGUUAUCUGAGGCUCUUGGGGUUAGUCCUAGCCACCUUACUGACAUCGGUUGUACUGAGGGAUUGCUCCUGCUUGGCCAUUAUUAUCCUCAAUGUCCGGAACCAGCACUAACUAUGGGCCUUGGCCACCACACAGACAGUGACUUCAUUACCAUACUUCUGCAAGACCAAAUUGGUGGCCUGCAAGUUCUUCAUGACGAUCAAUGGGUUGAUGUUCCUCCCAUACCAGGUGCCCUUGUAGUGAAUAUUGGAGAUCUUCUACGGCUUAUCUCCAAUGAUAAGUUUAAAAGCGUUAAUCACAGAGUUUUGGUAAAGGGUGCUGGUCCCAGAAUUUCAUUAGCUUCUUUCUUCAGAACACAAGUUAAUGCAGGAAAUGCAUCAAGAGUUUAUGGACCGAUCAAGGAACUGUUAUCAGAUGAAAACCUCCCAAUUUACAGGGAGACCUCUGUUAAGGAUUAUUUGUCGCACUACUACUCGAGAGGCUUUGACAGCUCUUCUCUAUCAGAUUUCAAGCUGUGAGGUAACUUGAGAUACUUGUGUUCUGUUGUUGUAGUAAAGACGAUUGUGAGUACUUGUUGGGGUUAUUCCAUAUGUAUAAUGCGUCACAUGAAUUUGUAGGUGUCACAUGGGGAAAUAAGCUGUUCGUUUCUGUCAGUGAACUGGUUGAAGCUCAUGGAUUGAAUUGUUGAUCCCUUACUCUUGCAUAUGUAAAUUAUCACUUUGUAAAUGAGAAUGAUUAUAACCACACAAAUGAAUGGUAAGGCCACAC